ACACCAAUAGCAGUGACAGCAGGAGCUCCACCAGAGAUAUAGACAACAACAGCAGUGACAGCAGGAGCUCCACCAGAGAUAUAGACAACAAUAACAGUGACAGCAGGAGCUCCACCAGAGAUAUAGACAACAAUAACAGUGACAGCAGGAGCUCCUCCAGAGAUAUAGACAACAAUAACAGUGACGGCAGGAGCUCCUCCAGAGAUAGAGACAACAAUAACAGUGACAGCAGGAGCUCCUCCAGAGAUAUAGACAACAAUAACAGUGACGGCAGGAGCUCCUCCAGAGAUAUAGACAACAAUAACAGUGACGGCAGGAGCUCCUCCAGAGAUAUAGACAACAAUAACAGUGACAGCAGGAGCUCCUCCAGAGAUAUAGACAACAAUAACAGUGACAGCAGGAGCUCCUCCAGAGAUAUAGACAACAAUAACAGUGACAGCAGGAGCUCCUCCAGAGACAUAGACAACAAUAACAGUGACAGCAGGAGCUCCUCCAGACAUAUAGACAACAAUAACAGUGACAGCAGGAGCUCCUCCAGAGAUAUAGACAACAAUAACAGUGACAGCAGGAGCUCCUCCAGAGAUAUAGACAACAAUAACAGUAACAGCAGGAGCUCCUCGAGAGACAUCGACAACAAUAACAGUGACGGCAGGAGCUCCACCAGACAUAGACAACAAUAA